GAGUGGGGCCCAGAGACGGCAGGUCCCACCAAACGUGGCCUCAGCAGGGUCGCGCAUCAUCAAUCCAGAAGCUUUCCCCCUGGCGCGACGUAUCCUCGCCAAAGCUGCUCCCCCCACGCUGAACACCGGAGCCUCGGAUCACGACCAACGGCGAGAACGAACAGCCGAGCGCUCCAGCUACUCUCCCCCCCUCCAAGACACAUCCACGCCGCCCCCUCGCCCGGCGCGACCACAGGACCGAAGCAACAGAGAAAAGGGACCCCCGCCAAGCCCCCCAGGGCGCCGCCAAGAUGUACAACUCGCUCGUGAGGAUACAAAACACCUUCGGGUUCUUCACGACGGUCGCCUUCGUCGUCGGCAUGCUCAUCGCGGCCACGGACGUGCUCUCGGCGCGGGACCCGAGCGGCAGCCUCCUCAAGGCGACAAACGUGCAGGUGGUGCGCGGGCGGCCGCACUACUACUCGACCAAGAAGGAGGAGUACGCCAUCAUCAAGUUCAGCAUGGACGCCGACCUGUCGUCGCUCUUUACGUGGAACACCAAACAGGUCUUUGUCUACGUCACGGCCGAGUGGCCUGCCGCCGCCGAGGCCGCAAACGCAAACGCAAACGCAAACGCGACCAACCAGGCCGUCAUCUGGGACACCAUCAUCACGUCGCCCUCGGCCGACCACCUGUCCAACCUGGGGCCCGCCACACUCAAGAAGCUGAUCAAGAGCGCCAAGGGCAAGAGCAUUGACCCGAGCCGCGGCAUCCUCAAGCUCAAGAACCAGAGGCCAAAGUACCAAAUCACCCACCCGUCGGGCAAGAUCGCGAGCGCGGCCGACGUCCGCCUGCGCCUGCACUACAACGUCCAGCCCUGGGUCGGCGUCCUGGCCUGGGACCAGACGCACACGGAGCUGGGGCCCUGGGCCACUGUGAAGGGCGGCCUGAGCGCCCCAUUCCCCCUGCCCGCUAUUAAGGUCAAGGAGACGCCCAAGGCCAGGGCUUGAAGAGGGAAGGAGAGACGCACGUAAUAAAAGAAAUGUGAUGUUGAUGCCG